AAACUCAAACUGAAGAAAGGAAAACCUCAGCAACAGCAACACUUGGGGCUGACGUGGCACCUCGUAACGUACGUAUAUAGUAUAAAUCAGAAUUUUAGGAAGAAGAAACCAGGAAUCAGAAUUCAGUUUCUGCAAAUAGAAAGAAAGAGCAAUGGAAUCAUCAAAAAGUGAGAAUAACAAGAAAGUGAUAGAGCACAAGGCUUAUGCUAGAGUUGGACUGCUUGGAAAUCCAAGCGACGUGUAUUUUGGCCACACCAUCUCUUUCACUUUCGAUAACUUCUGGGCUGACGUUCAAUUGCAGCCGUCUGAUCACCUCAUCAUCACUCCCCAUCCCACCCAUGAUCUCGUACAGUUCCAGUCUCUCCCUCACCUGGUGAAUCGGUUAGAUAAUGAAGGUUAUUAUGGAGGUGUACGAUUGCUUAUGGCAAUUUGUAGAGUUUUCCAUAAUUAUUGCAAGGAUAACAAGAUUGAUCUUCAUGGAGGAAAUUUCACGCUAUCAUAUGACACUAAUAUCCCUCGUCAGAUGGGACUUUCAGGUUCUAGUGCUAUUGUAUGUGCUGCCUUAAGCUGCCUUCUUGACUUCUACAAAGUUAGGCAUUUGAUUAAAGUAGAGUUCAGGCCUAAUCUUGUCCUCGCUGCAGAGAAAGAACUUGGAAUUGUUGCUGGUCUCCAAGACCGGGUGGCACAGGUUUAUGGGGGCCUUGUUCACAUGGAUUUUAGCAAGGAAUACAUGGAUGGCUUGGGGCGUGGCAUCUAUACACCCAUGGAUAUUAGUCUUCUCCCACCUCUUCAUCUCAUCUAUGCUGAGAAUCCUAGUGAUUCAGGGAAGGUUCAUAGUACAGUACGCCAAAGGUGGCUGAAUGGUGAUGAGUUUAUAAUAUCAUCAAUUCAAGAAGUUGCAAAUUUAGCAAAAGAAGGAAGAACAGCAUUACUGGAAAAGGACUAUUCCAAGCUUGCAAAGCUCAUGAAUCGUAAUUUUGAUCUUCGAAGGAGCAUAUUUGGUGAUGAUGCCCUUGGUGCUAUAAAUAUAAAAAUGGUGGAGGUGGCACGAAAGGUGGGUGCUGCAUCGAAAUUUACAGGUAGUGGAGGAGCUGUAGUUGCAUUCUGCCCUGACGGGCCUUCACAAGUAAAGCUUCUGGAGAAUGAAUGUCAGGAAGCUGGUUUUAUUGUUAUACCAUUGAAAGUUGUUCCAUCUUGUUUAAGUGAUGAGGAGCUUAAAACCCUUGAAAAAUAGAGAUUUAGGACCAACCUCCCCCCAAAAAGAAAAGGGGGAAAAAAAAAAACACUAAAGAGAGCAAGAAAGAAUAAGCUCAUAUUUGUGUAGACAUUCUUUUAUGCUGAAUUGCUGAUGUUUUAUAUAUUGACAUAUCCAAUUUUUUAAGGAGCACAUCUUCUAAUGUGCUUGAUAAAUGCCAAGCCCCUUUUCA